AUGGACGAAGAUCAAGUGACCUUUAGUUUUGGAUAUAGUAAAUUGGAAGUUAUUGAUGAACCAGAGAAAAAUACUGACUCUGAUAAUAUGAAACUAAUUCCAACAAAUUACUAUAUGGAUCUUUUUUAUAGCCAACUAGCAUUUUCUUAUUAUAGCUCUUUGUAUUUUCAAUGGCUUCAAUAUUAUUCAAAAAUAUUGAAUGGAAUUAAAUUUAAUAGUAGAGAAUGUCAAUUUGAUACUUCAAUAUUUUCAUUAUUUAGACCUGUAACGGACCUCAAUAAAUAUAAUUCUUCUAUAUCUGAGGACUACGGAGAUAUGAUAUCAUCUACUGAUAAUAUAUCAUAUAGAUAUUACUGUUGUGAACCACUAUUGGCACAAAUUUAUGAUUAUUCACUAAAACCUCAUAAAACUAAGCAACCAUCUGAAUUUACUUUAUUAGGAAUUUAUGAUAAUGCAAAUAACCAAUUUGUAUAUCAUAAUGAAAGGAGAUUUUCCAAUAAUCCAUGGGAAAGGUACCAUGUUGUAAUAUUUAUUAAGAUCUUGUUGAUAUUUUUAUUUUUUGAUGUAUCUAGGGAACUUUAUGUUUCAUUGUUCACAUUUUACUUUUUAUAUGUUCAUGGGAUUUUUGAUGAUAUACAAGAAAUUUUGGAAAAUUUGUCAUCAGUUCAUCCUAUUGAAGUUACAUUGGCUAAUUUAAGAAGGCAAAGAUUUAUGUCUGAAGGAGAUCAAUCAAACUUAAACCAAAAUUUUGUCGAUGACAAUAUUGAAUUUACACAAGAAGAUUUUGAAGAGAUACAAGAUAAGGAUAUUAUAACUGAAGAUUCAGUAUUUAUUAAAAGUGAAUUUGAAGCAAAUCAAGAUUCUAUUGAGUUUAGUGAAUCUAAUUUAAAUAUUGAAGAAACUGAAAAUAAUGAAAUUCAGAAAAUAUCGGAUGAGAGUUUACAAAUAAAAGAAGCAUCUGAUGAAUUGAACACCAUAAACAUACAAAUAUCUAAUUGGACUAGGAUUUUAUAUCAAUCUAUUUUUAUGUAUAUUAUGACUCUGCUACCGUGGUGGAAUCCUGACCCUGCAUAUUUGAUAUGA